AUGUCGGCCGAGAACCUCCAUGAAGCGAUUCGCUCGAUGUCGCUCAGUGAAGAUGAACCGAUUGAUUUCCCUGACAGUCCCAGCUUCCGUGUCUUCGAUGAGAAUGCAAUUAGCAUCUUGGGGAGGCUUGUGAACCCUGAUUGUCAACCCAUGGACAAGAUGAUAGAAGACAUGCCUCGAGUCUGGAGAGUCUAUGAUCGAGUCCGCGGCAUCGCACUUUCUCGUGAAAAAUUCCAGUUUAUCUUUCAGAGGGAAGAAGAUCUCGUUACGGUUCUGAAUGAUCGUCCCUGGUCCUAUAAUAACUGGAUGAUGUUGAUUGAUAGGUGGAUUCCAACCCCUCCGACCGACUUCUUAACCUCCGUGGACUUGUGGGUAAGGAUUAGUCGCAUCCCCAUGAAUUACUACAAACUUGAUACGAUAACCUGGCUUGCUAGAAGGGUCGGUGAGGUCCUUGAGGUUGCGUAUGAUCCGGAAGCUUCUCAGAAGGAGACCUACAUCCGAGCGCUAGUCCGUCUGAACAUCCGUGAUCCGGCUAUAACUACAAAGCCUGUGAACUUCCCUACGGGAGAAAAGGUCAUUAUUGAGUAUGACUAUGAAAAGCUUCGAAAGUUCUGUUUCCACUGUCAUCGUCUCACUCACGAAUGUCCUGCCUGCCCUUACCUGCGUGGUCGUAUCUCUUUGCCUUCCACCAAACAGAGACUUGAGUUAACUCCUGUCCCGACUGUCACUUCCAAUGCGCUAGUCCCGGUUACGGAAUCCAGCCCUUCGGUCCCUCCUGGAUUUCCACCUCUGUUUGCUGACUUGCCUGCGGAAGAACGUAGGAUGGCUCUACAGUAUGUCUCCCACAGUGACGCCACAGAACGCCAAGAAAGAAUCAUGCGGGUCAAUCAGUCUAUUGAGUUAGAACGCGGCUCUCUGAAAAUGCCUAAGGUCACCUACGACUUGGAUAAAGGUAAAGGCCAUGUUUUUGGCUUUGAUCAACAGAGCUUAGACCUGGUGCGGGAAAAUACGGUUUAUGGGAAACCGGUGAUAUCAGCUCCACCUCCUAACUUCCUUGCUAAGACUUCUAGUAACCUCCCUGAUGACCAAGAAGGCUCUUCCUCCUCUUUCCCUGUUAACUCUACGGUUUUCCGAAUUGGAAUGUCCUCGGAUAGACCCUCGGCCGGAGUAAACAGGAGUAUUGCUAAACGAAGGAAACGCCCAACCCGUGGGAAGAGACAAGCGAGAGCUAAAGCUACGGCUGCUUCUGCUCCGCUCCUGCCUGAAGAUGGUUCGCUGGAUAUCCUUCCUAUUUCUGCUACGAGAGUGGACCAACCAUCCCUCGCUGACCCUUCCCUGAAACGCAAAGAUCGAGUGAAUGCCGGAGAUCAUUCUGCCAAAUCUCUAAAAACCUCCUCCAGUACGGUGGCUUCCGCUUUGAAGCCACUGCUCCCCCAAUGA